UCCGAUCCGCACUCUCUAUCACAUCUCUUUCUUUUCUCUCUUUCACAAUCACCAAACAAGUGUUGAGUUGGUUGCUAAAAGUUUUUAUUUUACAUGGACGAGAAGUGGAAACUUUCCAAGAAAGAUUGUUCAAGCAGUCAUGCAUCCAGUUCUAAGUCCUCUUCAUUUACAAGAAGUUUUUCAACAAAGAGUACUUCUUCAAAGUCUCCACUCCUGCAGAAAAGUUCUUCUACUAAAUGCCCUCUUCCACGGAGUUUUUCAAAUAAGGGUCCUUCCAUUUCGCGAAAGUGUAGUAGCUUGGCCAAGGAACAAAAGGCAAGGUUUUAUAUUAUGAGGCGCUGUGUUGCUAUGCUUGUUUGUUGGCAUAAACAUGGUGAUUCUUGAGGGACCAAGAGAGUAAUUA